UGAACUGGAAAAUUUAUCGCGACUCGAUUAAUCGAUUUGAGAAACCUUUUGUUGUCUUUGUGUAAGAGAAAAAUGGAUACCAGGCUAACAGAAACGGGGAGGGGAGGUGCAGGUGCGAUGGUCUACAGGAAAAUUUGCACAGUUUUAAUUUAAGAUCCCUCCGAAAAACGGGGUGUGACUCGACGGUCGGACGGUGGACCUCGCACCGGGUGUUGACUGGUGACGUCAUCGACCUCCAGUGCCCGAACAGAUAGUUGUUGUAGUGGCUCUCGAUUUUGUGUUUAAAUUUCGAAGACUUUUCGUUGAAUUAUUUUUUCUCCGGGUGGAAUAAUAACCGUAUUUAUGACAGCUUUGGUCGAAAUGGCUUCUGUACCGCCGUGGAGGCAGGCUGUUUUGGAGAAAAAGCGUCGUGCGGAGGAUUCAAAUGAUCUCCACUCACAGGCUGGUGUUUCGUCGGGAGAUCCGACGUCAGCACGGAAGAGGGAUAUCCUGACAAAAACUCAGAUAAGUGAUCGCUCUUUUUUCUAUUCUUCACACAGCGGACAGUCAUCUGCACGGGAUCUCAACCGAAACGAUGCUAGAUCGGUGGGAACUUCACUUCAGGCUCGUCCCUCAGAGAAAGACGUUGAAAUUUUAGCCAACUGUGACAGUACUGAAUGGAAUUUACAACCGGCCGUAGCAGGGGACCGAGAAAGCAAUGCUGGUCGAGUUUCGGUAAAUAACAUGGUAAGCCAGUCAAAACAGGCAGAAGUAAAUGCAAAUGGGCCCACUGUCACUACCUCAUCAACUUCUGUUGUGAAUGGAGUUCUGGUGGACGAAGAACGUAUUGGAUCAGUCCAUGACAACCCGUUUGUGAAAAAUUUUGGACUGAAACAUGUUAUCAAACCCGCAUCGUCAGUACACGGGCCUGGCGGUGACCUCACAGUGAAUUCAUCUUCGGGUAAUAGACUGUCAGGUACUGAAGCAGAUAUGCCUGAAAUGGAGGAGGAGGACUACCGGCCAGGCUCGGGAUUUGUUCACAAAAUCUUGGAUAAAUUUGCUCUACUUACUGCUAAAGAGGAGGCCCAUCGCCCGGGGCUCAACCAUCAUCUACGGAUGAGGUCCUCUAGUCUCGAAAAUUUGGUGGACAACGAAAGCCAUAAGUCAGCCAACAGGAAAAGCAUUGGGGAUGAAGUGUUCACGACCAGUCCCAAGUCUAACCUACAGUACUACAGUAAGGCUAAAAGUGUUGAAAGUUUAGUACACAAAGGUACAUCUGAGAGGUCGUCGUUGGAUAGUUUCGAGAGCCGACGACGCUCUGGUUCGGAGCUACGUGAGCAUGGGCGUCAUCGUUCAGCGUCUGACCUCAGGCGCUCGCACCCAGCCCCUGAUGCUAAUCUGGCUCGAGAGGACAUCAUUAUUAUUGAAACUACCCCCUCACCUCGCCCUUUGGAUGAUGAUCCAAUGAAAAAGGCAUCACGCCGAAGACGAACAAGCUCCUCAGAAAGACAGCUCGAACAAGAUGAACUUCCUAAGCCCAAUACUGUCUCUUCUUAUCGUAAGAAGUUUGAAUCAGUGCGUAUCGAGAAAAAUGAUGUUCUGUCCAAACAAAGGAAGAAGAGAGAUCGGGCUCCUAAUGCACCAGCUACUUCCUCUCUGUCUAAUCACUCGGCAACAAACGGUUCGAAACACAAUCAAGUUGAUAAUCUUCCUGACAUGAUUAAAGUUAAUGGAGAGUCCAGCAGAGACAGUAGCUUUGACAUGCAAAACGAUACAUCAGGUAAUAAUUCACUGGAUGCAAACUACCCGGAGAAGGAUUACGAAAACCCAGUCUAUGAUGCUAUCAGGGCUUCACUACGCCAUGUCAAACCCGGCAAGGAUGAAGAAAUCACGUACUCAUGGAAACGUCACAGUGGUAGCGAUCAAAUUGACGAGAAAUCAAGUUUAUUUGUAAGCACUGCAAAUAUAAUAAACAGUACUAAUAUUUCACAAGGAAGCACAUCUGUCUCGAAUAUUAAGGUACCGAUACAGCAUAACGAUGUGACCCCAAAACCAUCUGCUACAACAACAACAACAUCAAAUAAUAGUAGCAAAGUUUCGUCUGUUUUGUACAAGUCAUCAGUGAAUGACUCACAAGUGUUGGAAAAAGCGAAGACAAAUAAUACUCAGCAGCAGAAGAAAACUGAAAACUCUGGACAAGAGAAACCAACAGCCAGCAUUCGAAAGAGUAUAGCCAUUAAGGAGUCGAAACCGAAUUCCUCAAGUGAUUUGACCUCCUCCAGCUCAAAAGUGGAAAAAACUGAUGCUAAAGUCAGUAAGACAAAUGUGUCUGACACAAAGGAAGUUACUAGUUCUGUAAGUUCAGUCUUGAUGACAAACCAGUCAUCGGUCACCACUUCCUCUAAAGGCCCCGCUCCGAAACCACCAACUGCUAGCAAGGUUUCUGAAGCAGUGGUUAACACUGCCCCAGUUGCUACUUCACAACCAAAAGUUAUGGUUAACGUUGGUCCAAAAACUGCCAACGAUUCUGACGGGUCAAGUUAUCGCUCUAGGAACCGAUUCUCUGGUGCAGAGAAAGAAGAUCAAAAAACAGUUCACGCUGGAAAAACGUGGUUUUACCAAGCUGGAAAAUUCAAGGCCAAUCCAGAGGGAGUGAAACGACCCAAUAGUUCUAAGGCUCAAGCCCCAGUACCAAAGAAACGCACAUCGCCAGCACCCCCUGGUGUCACUGUUCUGAACUUGACAGAGGAUUCUUUGGAUGGGCCUGUGACACCUAGGUCAAACAUAGACGAUAUAAAUAUCAAUGGCGCCACACAGGAUAUACCAGUGACGGACAUUGAUGCCCAUGUACAUGUGGGAAGUGGUGCUCAUGGGAAUGGGGUUGUUCCGCGUUUAGAUUUGUCUGUAAUAACGGACAGUAAGAAAUCGGCCCCUUCCCCACGUGGUUCCCCAGCACAGAAGAAAGUGCAACCUUGUAAUUACCAGUUUGCUGGCAGCCAUGUCAUCAUUGGAAAGGGACUGUUACAGACGAAGAAGAAAGCUCAGAAGCUGAAGCUGUAUUUUGAUGACAGCCUGAACAGCACGUAUGAGUACCCCUCAGAGGAGUUGAUGAUGGAGGAAUACCUCGCUGAACACCCAGCUGAGAAGGAGCUCGUCCUCAGCCUCAGUGACUACAUCGCGGACACCGACGAAUCCUCGGAUGACAUUAACGAUGUGGGAUCGCCCAAAGAGGAGCAGCGUGCUACGCAGUCACUCAUGUCUGCACCCGGUGUGGGAUCGCAGUCUUCUGGCCUGUCCUCGUAUCGCUCCAAGAACCAAAUCGAAUAUCAGUUCGGUAUGGAGUUUGAGUUGCAAGCCGAGAAGGAGCGAGAACAGAGACGUAAAGAGGAGGCAAAAAAAGAAAGCCCCACAGAAGACGGUGACCUCAUACCUGCUGAUGACGAGGAUUUGUCAGGAUUUUCAGCGACCUCUACGACCUCGGACAUCCUGUUUUAACCCCACCCCCUUUUCUAGACUGGCCCAUUUGUAACUCGUAUUAAUUAUCAUGGUACCAAAAUAACCUAAGCUAUGAAAUGUGUGCAGGAAUAUGAAUGAGAACUGCACACUGCCACCCACAGUUUGAUGCUUCUGAAGUAAGAUUAUUGAGUAGCAUCCAGCAUUUUUAUGAAAGUCCGGAAAUGACGGUGUAUCUGUGCAUAGACCAGUGGAACGUGUCUCGAAUUGUGCGAAUUUAAGAAGACUCGUGCAUGAAGACUAAGAGACGCUGCGCUCUUCUGCUGUGCAGAGAGCUGUUAUGUUCAAACAAACUUUACACGGUUAAGCAGAAUGAAAAUGAAGCUUGGUAAGCCAUUUUGCCGGAUAUUUGCAGCUCGAUGAAAUUUUCAGGAAGUUCAUGAUGUGAAGGAAAGAGGAAAGUGUUCCCUGGAAAGUUUGUGAUUUUCGAAUGAUCUCUGACCACAGUACUGUGACUGUAUGAAUGAUGGGAGAUAACUGAGAUAGAAUUACCUCCCUUCUUACACGUCAAGCUGGCUAGAUAGCUGUGUGUGACACAAAGUGACGUGGUAUUUUACAGGGAUGUGUCGAAUGUUUCGUUCUUUUCGAAAAUUGGCUGGAAAUGUGAGUUUCUCUGACCUGUAAAAAUAACUCAAAGAAAAGUUGGUUUAGAAGUGUUCCUACCCAUGGCAAGCUGCAAUGAUUUGCUUCAUGUUUUACCUACAGGAGUGACUUUCCUUGAUUUUGACAGCCUAUCUGGGAUUCAGUUUUCCCCUUGGAUAACGCUGAAAAAACGAAAGAGUUGCUUGUCUUGGAUUGGGAACUCUUCAUUCAGACUGUGAAUGGACAUGUCUCAGAAUAUAAAUGUGAAAUGUGUGGUUAUUUCAAGACAUGAAAAUGUUUUGAAUUUCAUAGUUAACAGCGAUGAGUGGAAACUACGGCUGUAUAGGUCUCCAAAUACAUAUAUCCGUUUAUAUCUAUGUGUACAUAUAGGUAAUUCAGGAAUGAAAAUAUUCU